AUGUCUUCGGAAUCGACAAAUUACGAGUUGGAGAUAGUCAAAAAGAAGAAAGAUAGUAUCCACCAGACACCAUCACCACCCGAUUCGACACCGCCAGAUCCAGCAUCAGCCGGCCGGCCCAGCACCGUACACGUACCCUACACAUCCAGCGACCUUGAGCCUCCGGACCUCACGCUCGAGCUAGCCAUAAAAAGAGGCCUUCGGAGCCCAGCCCCGAAUUGUCCCCAGUGGUUCGACCAGGGACUGGGGUUGAUUGUCGUGGUCCUUCCGACACGCGAAAUAACAAAUGGCGCCCAACUAAAAGACAAAACCAAUCAGAAGUCCAAAGAAAAAGUGCCUCAGCUAGGAGUCAGAACAUUUUUGCUCUCUCGUGCACCAGAAGCCCUGAGACAUGAACGUGAAAUUCAAUCCAUUAGCAAGCAGAUUGCUCAGACGUUUGCGAAGCAUUUCCCAAGUAGCACAGCUUCGGGAGAUGAAAGUUUGAAUGAACCCGAUCAGAUAGCAACCGAUAUUAGUAAAGCCAUCGAAGGUGUUAGAAAUGAAAUUGAAAUUUUGAACGAUACUGCUAGCGGGAAUGACAGAAUAGUGGAGACUGACGAUUUUUCAGAGGGAGCUUGCGGAGGGGUAAAAGAAAAAUCAAUAGAAUCUAAAAAGCAGGAAAUAGAAUCAUCUGUCGCUAGAUCAAAGGAAAUAUUAGAAGAAUUAUCGCAGUACGAGCAAGGAAACAAAGAAAUACCCACAGAUUUAAUAAAGCAUUUGAAAACUUUUGUGGCACAAACCACUGAAAAAGAACGGCAGUACCGAGAAAAAGAAAUUCAGAGGGAGGAAAGAAUGUUAAAGGAAGCUAAGAAAAGUAGGGAACGGAAAAUACGUUUGGAAAAAUUAUUACAGAAUCUCAACGAACGAAUGAAAAACAGUGCCCCAGAACCAAAGCUAGAAUUUCCCCUGCCGCUGAAAUUAGAAGAUGAUACCGAGAAAAAUAAUAGAAAGGAGAAAGUAGUUCAACUGAAUAAUGUUAAGCCAGAAGAGAUUAUCGACCUACCAGGCGAUAAUUCGGAAAAGUCUGAUACAAGUUUACGAAACGAAUAUGAACCCAAACGAAUAGCCAAGAAAAUUGGAAAAAAAGAAUGCGCCAAAUUUAAGAAAUUUAGAGAGAAACACAAAAGCUCCUCGGAUACAUCCGAUGAAAUGUCGUCUUUUGAAAGCUCAGAACAGGAUUACUCGUCAGAAAUAACAACUUCUGAUUCGUCAGGAGCGCGACAAGGAAUAAUUAAAAAGCACAGGAAAUAUAAGAAAAAUCGAGAAUCUUUAAAGCGAGUGCCCAUUUCAGAAUGGAAAUUACGAUACGAUGGCAAGGAUAAUGGUCGAAGGCUAAUCGAGUUUCUUAAAGAAAUACAAACUACAAAUCGCUUACAAACACGCAAUGAAAAGUUUGCAGACUAUUUUAGUGAUAUGAACAAACUGUUUCAAUCUAUGACUCGGCCAAUUUCGGACCGAAGAAAGUUUAAAACUAUCUGGCGAAAUAUGCGCUUCGACUAUAAGAAUGCUAUGAUCAAGAAGCGAGCGGCACGGACCUUAACGACGGUGACAGAGGCAGAAGUAGAGCAGGAGGCCUUGAUUAAGAGGGCUGUUGUCGCCGAGGAGGCCCUGGCAGAGGAGGUUGAGCAUGAGGCCUUAAUAAGGAGGGCUGUAAUUGGGGAGGAGGCCCUGGUAGCGACGAUCCUGGAACAGGCGGUGUUGAGAGCCCCGCGCGCAGAAAAGCGGGAUCGGGAAUCGCCAGGAGAUAAGGUAAGCUCAAAAACGCGGAAGGAUGAGCUGAACGGCGACCACGAAGAGCAAAAUGAAAACAGAGCGGAGGAGCAGGGUGAGACUAGCGGCUGGCGAAUCGUUACUAAGCAGAAGGAGGAGAAUAAUGAGGGACGACCCGAAGCUGAAAGAGUUAGGGAACAAGGUCGUGAAAACCCGGAGACCCAGAGCGGCGAGUUGCUCUUCGAGCUCAAGAGAGACCCGGAGGUGAAGAGCGCGACCUUCAAGGCGCUAGUCGAGACAGCGCUCGGUAGCGAAGCUCAAGUAAAAGCUUUGUCUCAGGAGACGAUCAUUGAAGCGAUAAACCUGGACGAGGUCACAACAGAGAGUGAGGCGAAAGCGGUGCUAACAAGAGCGGAAUACCUGGGCGACGUUCCAAUGUCUAUUCGGCUGCGGAAGGCUUACGGCAGUACGCAGACGGCGUCGAUUCGUCUAUCUAUCUCGGCGGCAAACCGGCUUCUGAAGAUGGACUGA